GUGAGACUGUUCACGCGGAGACGCAUACGCUUAAAAUAGUAUUCCACAUCUAGAUUGACCACACUGAGUCUGUUUUGCUAGUUAAAUUAUAUUAGAAAUCGAUAAUUAUGCGAGAAAUAGUGCAUUUACAAGCGGGCCAGUGCGGCAACCAAAUAGGAUCUAAGUUCUGGGAGAUAAUAUCAGACGAGCACGGCAUUGACCCGACGGGCCACUACCGCGGGGACAGCGAGCUGCAGCUGGAGCGCAUCCAGGUGUACUACAAUGAGGCUGAGGACGGUAAGCGGUACGUCCCACGCGCCGUGCUGGUGGACCUGGAGCCAGGAACUAUGGACGCCAUCCGGUCGUCUGGGUACGGGCAGCUGUUUAGGCCUGACAACUACGUGUUCGGGCAGAGCGGUGCCGGCAACAACUGGGCCAAGGGUCACUACACGGAGGGAGCAGAGCUGGUGGAGUCUGUGAUGGAUGUGGUGAGGAAGGAAGCAGAACCAUGCGACUGCUUGCAAGGUUUUCAAUUGACGCACUCGUUGGGUGGUGGCACGGGCUCGGGUCUGGGUACUCUACUGCUCAGUAAGCUGCGCGAGGAGUACCCUGACAGGAUCGUCAAUACAUUCAGCGUCAUGCCUUCACCUAAGGUAUCAGAUACAGUUGUGGAGCCGUACAAUGCCACGCUAUCCGUCCAUCAGCUGGUAGAGAACACAGACGAGACAUUCUGCAUUGACAACGAAGCACUUUACGAUAUUUGCUUCCGAACUCUGCGUCUUUCAUCGCCUACGUACGGGGAUUUGAACCAUCUGGUGUCGUUGACGAUGUCCGGAGUGACGACUUGCCUCCGGUUUCCGGGUCAGCUGAACGCGGAUCUCCGGAAGCUGGCCGUCAACAUGGUGCCAUUCCCCAGGCUCCACUUCUUCAUGCCAGGUUUCGCACCGUUGACAGCGCGCAACAGUCAAGGCUACAGAGCAUUGACGGUGCCCGAGUUGACACAACAGAUGUUUAGCCCCGUCAACAUGAUGGCGGCAUGCGACCCGCGUCACGGGCGAUAUCUCACUGUGGCCGCCAUAUUCCGAGGCCGGAUGUCGAUGAAGGAAGUCGACGAGCAAAUGCUGACUGUGCAGGACAAGAACUCUAGUUACUUUGUAGAAUGGAUCCCUAAUAACGUGAAGGUGGCUGUUUGCGACGUGCCCCCGCGAGGAUUGAAGAUGGCCGCUACCUUCGUUGGCAACUCCACCGCAAUACAAGAGAUAUUCAAACGCAUCUCCGAACAGUUCACCGUCAUGUUUAGACGAAAGGCUUUCCUCCACUGGUAUACGGGCGAGGGUAUGGACGAAAUGGAGUUCACCGAAGCGGAGAGCAACAUGAACGACCUCGUGUCGGAGUACCAGCAGUACGAGGAAGUCGGAGUCGAGGACGCUGAAUUCGAUGACCAAGAAGAAAUGCCACCGGACGAUGAGAUCGAACAAGCUGAAUAAAAAAGUAUUGAUUUAUUUAUUUACUGCCUUUUAUUAUAUUUUCACCCAGCAUAUGUUACUAAGAGAAAAUAAGGCAUCAAUUUUAGUAAAAUUUAAUUCCCAAUUUCCAGGAGGAACUCGAUGACGCAGGUGGUUAGCGCGUUCGGCUACGAUCUUUGAAGUUAAACUACUUAGCCAGUGGUGGUCAUUGGAUGGGUGACCGUUUGGUAGAAGAUAAACAUCUUUUAUCUCGAGUUCCUCUGUGCUUCGGAAUGCACGAUAAGCUGUUGUGGUCCCGGCUGCAUCUGCAGUCUUUAGCACCCGCACUGGGCCCUCGUGGUGGGUCAUGGCCCAAUCUC